UGACUGAACAAACUAUGUUUGUAGGGAAAAACUAAUGCUUUCCGGUUUGAUAUAGAAAAAGUAAUGAUUGAAAGAUUUUGUAGUAGCAAAUGUUGGUUCACGGCAAUACACUAUUAACUAGAGCAGCUCACGCAUUGUAUCUACUAAUACCAUUGACUUAGGAAAAGCUAAACACAUUCUUUGAUUGUAAACAAAAUACUUCUUUUUCUUCAUCAGAAGUAUUUAUAUUGCAUAGUUUCAAGUGCUUUGGGAUUAAUUAUGUCUUAUUAAGAAGUUGUCGGUUACGCCGUUCCAACAAAAAGGAAUUCUUGUUUCAACCGUAUAUAUAUAUUCUUUCUUUAAUAAUGAGCUCCAUAAAAGUUGGUUUUUUGGGACCUAAGGGAACUUUUAGCAAUAAAGCAGCGCUCUUAGCAAACCCUGAUGCCGCUCAUAUUUCGUUACCGACGCUAUCAGCUGUGGUAGAGGCGGUUGAAUCACGUCAAGUAAAUUUUGGACUUCUACCAAUUGAAAAUUCUACGAAUGGAUCUGUUAUUCCUGCUUAUGACCUCUUAAAAUACAACAGGGGCAUAGCAGUCCUUGAUGAGAUAUUAGUACCCGUUCAUCACUGUAUUAUUGGUCAUUCUUUAGACAAUGUUUCCAGACUUUUGAGCCAUCCUCAGGCUUUUGGACAAUGCACGGGAUGGAUCAAGAAUAACCUGCCUGGUGUAACUUCUGUACCGGUCAAUUCUACUAGCCAUGCCGCAGAAAUGGCAUCAAAAGAUCAAACUGGUACUACACUGGCGAUUUCUAGUCAGCUCUGUGCUGAUACAUACAAUUACAAUAUCCUGGUCAAGGAUGUUGAAGAUGACCCAAAUAAUUGCACCCGAUUUCUUCUACUAGCUUCUCGUGUUGUCAAUGAGGUUUCGAUUAUGUCCGAAUUUACGAGAGAAAAAAAGGCCUUCUUGCAGUUCACCCUUUCUCACCCAAAAAAGCUUAACCAUAUCUUUCGAAUGCUUCUUCAAGAGGAUGUAAUCUUUACUAACUUAGUCACACGUCCCUCAUCUCAUAAUCCAUGGACCUACGUGUACUUUAUUGAGUGUGUUGGUUUGUCACUAACAAUGUUGUUACGAAUCGAAUCUAUCUGUGAUGAAUUUACUGUUAUGGGAAAUUACGAAAACAAGACUACGAGAGUAGUCUAAAAACGCCUGGUGAUUUCCAUGAUAAGUUCUAUCGAAUAAUAAAAGUAUAUAUAUUGCAACGUAGAAAAGAUUAUUGCACAGUCAUAAGUUAGUUAUAAAAGAAAGGAAAUUCAAGUUAAAAAAAAUAUUGGUAUAAAAAGAGAGCCUUAAAAGUUUUAGUCAAAC